AACAGUGUGACAUCGAGCGGAAAUAAGCAACACCAGCUCAUUGAACAGAGACAUGACUUGAGUCGGUGUUGAAUUUACUUGUAGACAAUAUUGUGUUUGUAGCGAUGAGUUAAUGUGUUGAAGUUGUCAUUCAGCAACAAUGUCUACAGUUGAGACUUUGAGACAGUUUGUCAGCGAGCGACUGACUGCUGCUGCUGAAGAAAUAUUCGGAGUUUUGGAGAAAACUCUCGUCGUGUACGAGGACGAGAUCGAUCGUCAGCGGAAACUGCUGGAUAUCUUCUGGAAACCCCAAAUAAAGUUACACAGGAUAGAGCUCCAACAACAGGAUGUCGGUAGGGAGGAGAAGGUUCUGUCCAACCAGCUGCUCAGUAUUCAAGAGAGGAACUCCGGUUCGGACCAAGAAGACCCAGAUCCUCCACAGAUCAAAGUGGAACAGCAGGAACUCUGCUGCGGUCAGGAGGGAGAGCAGCUUGUCCUGAAGCAGGAGACUGAUGCCCUUAUGUUGACUCCUACUCCUGAAGAAUGUGUCCACGGUGAAGCUCAGACUGUGAACUUCAGUUUCGAUAAAAUUCAGAGUGCGGUGGAGGAGUUGUCUUCUGAAGGCCAAGAUCAGAACGGAGGCCAGCAUGGGGACUCAGGAUCAGCUAGAAAUGCAGAGCCACCAGGAAAGAGGAGACUUCACAAAAACAGAACUCACGAGCUCCAACAACAGCAUGUCUGGAAGGAAGAGGAGGUUCUCACCGACCAGCCGCUCAUUAUUCUGGAGAGGAACUCUGGUCCGGACCAAGAAGACCCAGAUCCUCCACAGAUCAAAGAGGAACAGCAGGAACUCUGCACCGGUCAGGAGGGAGAGCAGCUUGUCCUGAAGCAGGAGACUGAUGCCCUUAUGUUGACUCCUACUCCUGAAGAAAGUGACCACGAUGAAUCUCAGACUGUGAACUCGAGUAUCGAUGAAACUCAGAGUGGGCUGGAGGAGUUUUCUGCCGAGAUAAGAGAUCAGAACGGAGGCCAGCAUCCGGACUCUGGAUCAGCUGGAAAUGCAGAACCACAUCUACAGAGGAGACUUCGCAAAUACAGAAGUUACAGUAACAAUAUAAACAAUGCUGACAUGUCAGAGAUUCACCGUAGAACUCAGACAGGUAAAAAGCCUAUUGAAUGUGACACAUGUGGGAAAUGUUUUAAGAAUAACUACUUCUUGAAGUUACACAUGAGAGUCCACACAGAUGAGAAGCCGUACACGUGUAAAACAUGCGGGAAAGAUUUCAAGCGUGAAGAUGAAUUGAUAAUCCAUAUGAGAUACCACAAAGGUGAGAGGCCAUAUUCUUGCGAAACAUGCGGGAAAAGAUUUAGUGAGCAAAAAACACUGACCCGUCAUAUAAGAACCCACACAGGUGAGAAGCCGUAUUCUUGCGAAACAUGUGGUAAAGAUUUCAGAAUAAAACACCAUAUGAAAGUCCACAUGAGAACCCACACAGGUGAGAAGCCGUAUUCUUGCAAAACAUGCGGGAAAGAUUUCAGGAGUGAAUCACACUUGACGGUCCACAUGAGAAUCCACACAGGUGAGAAGCCGUACACUUGUAAAACGUGUAGCAAAGGUUUCAGGCAAAACGGAGUAUUGAAAUCCCACAUGAGAAUCCACACAGGUGAGAAGCCGUACACUUGUAAAACAUGUAGCAAAGAUUUCAGGCAAAACGGAGAAUUGAAAGCCCACAUGAGAACCCACACAGGUGAGAAGCCGUACACUUGUAAAACAUGUAGCAAAGAUUUCAAGCAAAACGGAGAAUUGAAAUCCCACAUGAGAACGCACACAGGUGAGAAGCCUUAUUCUUGCGAAACAUGCGGCAAAUGUUUCACAUUUAACGCUCAGUUGAGAGUCCACAUGAGAAGAGACCACACUGAUGAGAAGCAGCACAAUUGUCAUUCAGCAACAAUGUCUACAGUUGAGACUUUGAGACAGUUUGUCAGCGAGCGACUGACUGCUGCUGCUGAAGAAAUAUUCGGAGUUUUGGAGAAAACUCUCGUCGUGUACGAGGACGAGAUCGAUCGUCAGCGGAAACUGCUGGAUAUCUUCUGGAAACCCCAAAUAAAGUUACACAGGAUAGAGCUCCAAAAGCAGCAUGUCUGUAAAGAGGAGGAUGUUCUCACCGACCAGCAGCUCAGUAUUCAGGAGAGGAACUCUGGUCCGGACCAAGAAGAUCCAGAUCCUCCACAGAACAAAGGGGAACAGCAGGAACUCUGCACCGGUCAGGAGGGAGAGCAGCUUGUCCUGAAGCAGGAGACUGAUGCCCUUAUGUUGACUCCUACUCCUGAAGAAAGUGACCAUGGUGAAGCUCAGACUGUUGUCUUGAGUAUCAAUGAAACUCAGAGUGCGGUGGAGGAGAUGUCUGCUGAGAGCCAAGAUCAGAACGGAGGCCAGCAUCUGGAUUCAGGAUCCGCUGGAAGUACAGAGCCACCACGAAAGAGGAGACUUCACAAAAACAGAAGUCACAGUAACAAUGUAAACAAUGCUGACAUGUCAGAGAUUCACUGUAGAACUCAUACAGGUAAAAAGCUUAUUGAAUGUGACACAUGUGGGAAAUAUUUUAAGUAUAACUAUUUAUUGAAGUUACACACAAGAGUCCACACAGGUGAGAGGCCAUAUUCUUGCAAAACAUGCCAGAAAGAUUUCACGUGUAAUAAACAGUUGACGAUCCACAUGAGAACCCACACAGGUGAGAAGCCGUACAUGUGUAAAACAUGCGGGAAAGAUUUCAGGCGUAAAUAUGACUUGAAAGUCCACAUGAGAGUCCACACAGGUGAGAAGCCGUACACUUGCAAAACAUGCGGUAAAGAUUUCAUUAGUAAUGCACACUUGACAAUCCACAUGAAGAACCACACAAGUGAGAAGCCGUACACUUGUGAAACAUGCGGGAAAGAUUUCAAGCGUAAAUAUGAAUUGACAGUCCACAUGAGGUUCCACACAGGUGAGAAGCCGUACCUUUGCAAGACCUGCGGUAAAAGAUUUAUUGACAUAACAGCACUGACCCGACAUACAAGAACCCACACAGGUGAGAAACCGUACCUUUGCAAGACUUGCGGGAAAAGUUUUAGUGCACUUAUAACACUGACCCGUCAUAUGAGAACUCAUACAGGUGAGAAACCGUACCUUUGUAACACAUGCGGGAAAAGAUUUAGUGUGCCAACAACACUGACCCGUCAUAUAAGAACCCACACAGGUGAGAAGCCGUACACGUGUAAAACAUGCGGCAAAGAUUUCAAGCGUAAAGAUGAAUUGACACUCCACAUGCGAACCCACACAGGUGAGACGCCGUAUUCUUGCAACACAUGCGGGAAAGAUUUCACCUUCAACGCUCAAUUAUAAGUCCACAUGAGGAGAGACCACACUGAUGAGAAGCAGCACAAGUUAGUAUCCACAUAAUUAAAGUUCUUGUGAAAUGUUAGUUUUUUUCUCAAAUCACAUUCUCGAAAAAAGAUUUGAGGAUUGUGCUGAAACUCCUGUGUUGCAAUAGCUACAUCAAACUUAAAAUGUCAGUAUCUUUGAGUAACAUUUUCCUUUUUUAUGACAUUGGUACUUCCAUGUCUAACCCUAACCUGGAUAAUAAGUUGGACUGGUCCCUAAACACAGACGCUCUCUACAAAAAGGUGCAGAGCCGCCUCUUUUUCUUAAGGAAGCUCAGAUCUCUGGACAUGUGUAGUAUAAUGCUGCAGAUGUUUUAUCAGUCUGUGGUGGUAGUGUGCUGUCAACAUGUCCCAGGUCAUCCUGAAAUACCCAGAUCAUCCGCUACACAAAACCUUUAUGGACCAAGAAAACAGCAGUGGACGGCUCCUCUCUCUCUGUUGCAGGACGGACAGAUACAAAAGAUCCUUCUCUCCUACAGACAUCAGGCUGUCUCAUUCAGACAGAGUUACCAGACUAACUGAAUUUCCCCUCGGUGAUAAAUUGUAAUUAUGAAAUAAUUUUGAUUUGAUUGAUUGAUUUUGAUUGAGUCUAUUUUCAAACAGUAUUUCUGUACGUUAGUUUCACAGUAAGUGCACAGGUGUGGCUUUUACAGUCAUGAUUUGAUCUGGAUGGUUGUUGCUUUUUUCCAAAUGUCCAUUUACAAUGUUGGAAUUACUUUUUGUUUAAAGUUGAACAAGAUGACUUUAAAUCCAUGUUCCUCACAUAAUAUUUAAACAUGAUAUAUAAAGCCUUUAUCACUUAUUUGCAAAAAGUCAGAUUUCACCUUAGAAACCGACUGGCAUCACUACUUUUUAUUUCUAUUUUUUAUACGACAUCUUGUGAAAUGUGCCUUCUUUUUGCUAUUUUAAUAAAUUAAACCUUUUAUUUGUCCGAUCAAAAUUGUGGCAUUUUUAUCUCUAUAAAUGACAAUUCUUGAACCAUGACGUUUUCCUCGUUGUGGUACAUAAAGCAACUACCUUAGUCUCCCUAAGUGGUACGAUGUCGUAUGAAAUGUUUGUGAUGGACAUCAAUUUCUGUCACCUCCACCACAGCCUGUGCCUGCCCCCUCAACAUCCUACCAGCCACUCUCUCCACAUCAACUGUUGGUCCCUCUGGGGCACCUACCCUGGCCCCAGCAGCACCUGUGCAACAGGCGGCUGUUGAUGCACGUGGCAUCCCAGGGAUGGACAGAGUGGAUGGCCUGGCUGAGUACCUGGUGGGCCUGAGGACUGUUACUGGUCAGACAAUUACCAAUCAGCAGGCCAGUACCAUAGUAGGGCUGUGGCAGAACCUCCUGCCAUAUGACCAGCAGCGGGUGGCAUAUGCUGCACGUCACCAGGUGCGCCUUAUAACAGGACGCUUCAGGUGCUCUAAAAAGAGAGCUGAAUUUACACCUGGCGUGGAGAGCACAACACGUUGUGUUUUGGGAUCCUCGGGAUCUCCUGCCCAGUGGCCAGACUCUAGUCGUCUUGUAGAGUCCAUCUGUGUCAAGCUGUGCAACAUUCACAAGAGCCCCC